CUGGCAAUACUGUAAGCCAAAGAAAAACAUGUUGAAAAAUUAACAAAAACAAUAAAAAAAAUUACACAAAUUAAAGAAAUUUUAAAGAAUUGUUAAACAAUUUUAAGAAAAUAUAAAUACAAUUAAACAAAAUGGACAAUGAAAUGAAAUCAAAAGUGGAAGCCUGCAGUCGUACGGCUGAGGAUUUUACCAAAUUAUAUUAUCAAUCUUUUGAUAAAAGAAGACAUCAAAUGAAUCGUCUUUACUUGGAUAAUGGUCUUUUUGUAUGGAAUGGCAAUGGUGCUUCCGGCAAAGAUAAUAUACAAAAAUACUUUAUAGAAUUACCCACUUCGGAACAUACUAUUUCCACUUUGGAUGCUCAACCUAUUGUUGAUGAGGCUGUGGCCGGACAAUUAACCUAUUUAAUACAGGCCGGUGGCACUGUAAAGUAUACGGAUCAACCUAUGAAACCUUUUCAACAGACUUUUAUUAUAACAGCUCAGGAUGAUAAAUGGAAGAUUGCUAGUGAUUGUUAUCGUUUGCAGGAUGCUUUAGUGACGCAAGAUAAUAAAUCGUAGUUUUAAAUUGGAAAAUUUUUGAUUGAUAAAUAAUAAAUUUUUAACAAUUUGAUAGUUUUUUGUAAUACAGAGUCUAGUCUACAGGAUAGCCGAUUGUCUAGCUCUUAGCUAAGUCCAGUUUAGUCUAGUCUGCAGUCGAAAUACACUAUUCUAUAGUUUUGUCUAGUUUAAUAGUCUAUAGUCUUUUUUUGGUGAUUUGAUCCAUUGUGCAGUAGACUUUCUAGUCUAAUGAUGUAAUAAGUGCAUCCUGAGCUACUCUAAUCAAGUCUAAAAUCGAAUCUAUUCUAUAGUCAAGUCUAUGGUUUUAUCUAUAGUCUAGUUUAUAUCCUAGUCUGUAGACUAGAUUAUAUUCAUAUCUAUAGUCUUUACUCUUGUUAAUUCUAAAGUUUAUUCUAUUGUUAACAUUAAAAAUUCUCUUAAAUACACUCUCUUUAAACAUUACUCUCCACUAGUGAAAACGUAAUAAUUAACUUUCCCACCAACAUUAUUUUGUUUACAACUCGCCCCACUUGCAAUUUACACAUACAAACAUAUAAAUUAAGUAAUUCGCGCAUUCACAUUAAAUGACUCCUUUUAAAGUUUUUGACAUUUCUCUUUAUUACUUGCAUACAUACUAAAGUUAGUUCUCGCGCAAUUUUCAUACGGUUCGGUUGGUUAGAAGAAGUAUUUUAGUUUUUAUAUUA